AUGUUAUAAUAGCGACCACCUUUUCCUUCAGGAGUUAUGGAUUGCAUCUUACCUAAAAGUUAAGAACUUGGAGCAUUAUUUCUAAGUGGAUUAGAAGCAGCCAUAAAUCCUUAUUUAUUAUAAUAGAAUCAAAUAGGCGCAAUACUUACUGUUGGAUCAGAAAUGGCUAAUUUAUAAUUCUAAGAUGCAAAUCAUAAAGUAUAUAAAUGUAAUAUUAAAGAUCCUGUAUUUGAAUGAUACAAGCCACGAUCCAAUUAAAAAGUAUUUUGAUGAAUCGAUUUAAUUCAUUCAAGAGAAUAGAUAAAGAUGUAAUGUUUUAGUACAUUGUUAUGUGGGGGUGAGCAGAAGUGCUACAAUAAUAAUAGCAUAUUUGAUGCAAAUUUGUAAUUUCCCAUUGUAGAAAUCAUUGCAACAUUUGUAAUAAGUUAGACCUCUGAUAAAUCCAAAUCCAGGUAUAUUUAAUUGCAUUCUAUUAGGCUUUAUGUAAUAAUUAUAAAAUUUUGAUUAAGAAUUAUUAAUAAAAAGGCUCAGUUAGAUUAGGCCUCCAUCUGUAGAGAUACAACGACCAAUAUCUGUACAUGGAUAUAGAAGAGAAUAAAUAAGUUCUCAUAGAUCAACUGGACUUCCUUAGAGUCCCUUAAGGAAAGUUAAUGGUCCUAGCUAAGUAAACCCAAGACCAUUGAUGAUGACUCCAAUGUCAAUAAGAAAAAUGGAGAAUAACCAAUUUAGAUAAGGAACUCCUUUAAAAUUAAAAGAAAAUUUUUGUAAGAGUCUGAAUUCUUCGAUUAACAGCAACGAUUUUAGAAAGAUACUUCAGUCUUGUAAUUAAUAUCACAGUGCUAAAAAAUCUACAAAUGAUGGCAAUUUGAUAAAAUAGGCUGCUAUUUUUUGUAAAACUUAUUCGAACAAUUAAAAUCAAUUAAGUUAAGUGAAUCUAUUAUUGAAAACUUCAGGAUCAGGAUUAGGAUCUCAUCAUUGUAAAAGCAAAGGUCCUUUAAAGAUAAAGGGAUCUGUUGUUUAAGAGUAAUACUGA